AUGAGUUUCCUAGACAUAUCUAUCUAUCUAUCUAUCUAUCUAUCUAUCUAUCUAUCUAUCUAUCUAUCUAUCUAUCGUGUCAGCAAAUUACGGAAUGCUGACAAAGUACUUGUCUCCAGCAUUCUCUCUCUCUCUCUCUCUCUCUCUCUCUCUCUCUCUCUCUCUCUCUCUGUCAACUCUCUGCUGUCAAUGACCUUUGAAGCAAUUUGUCUGUCGAUCCCCCAACUUAUUCUCACUUCUCUUGCUCGCACCUCGCACCAGUACCUUACAGUGGGCCUAUUCUUUUCCUCCCACUUCCUCAUAUCAACUCCUCACGUUGCAUCCGUAACUUUCCUCUCUUUCCCACUUGACCGAAAUAUUCUGACCUUUUUUCCUUUAUCGAAAUCCUUAGCAACAUGUGACAUAGAAUUAUUUCUUUAUUCUUUUCCUCACCCACCUGUAGCCAUAAAAUUAUUAUCUCUAACUACCUCGGGGGGUCUGUGUCCAAAUUCGCACUCCCCCUCCACCCGUCCCCUGGGUUUCACUUUAACCAAACGAAAUGCACAAAUGGAUUUCAGCGUAACCAAAUUAUAUUUUCUUUCAUUUUUUUUCGGUAUGUCUUUCAAACUAUCUACGAAAUUCUUCGUUUUUGUGUUCACUUUCGAUUUAAUUUAA